AUGUAUGAAAAGUUCAUGCAUAAAAACCACAAAUACAAAAAAGUAGACAUCCAGUGGAGCAAUGCCGAGAUCAGGUCGCGGGCUCACUUGGAGCGGGCUUUCGACUCCGGUCGCUUCUCCGAUAUUUCGGAUGCGGCCCUCGUGGAGGCUACGUUGGAGAGGCUCAUGGAGCUCUACGCCCAAACCGUCAAGCCCUUGGAGGAAGCAUACGAAUUCAAUGACAUUAGCGAGCAUGCCUUUCAUGAAGGUGAGAUUUUCUCCCUGCCAAUGAUAUCUUUCCUGGGCCCCUGGAGCACGGGGAAAUCGUCCCUCAUCAACUAUGUGCUUGGGAUAGAGAACACGUCUCUGGCAUUGAAAUCAGGGGCUCAACCGACUACUUCCGACUUCAGCAUCCUGUCCUACAAAGACAUCUCCAAAACAGUGGAAGGAAAAAUCCUCGUCAUGGAGAAGGCCUAUUCGUCUUUGCUGAAGUAUGGACAAAGCUUUCUGGAGAGGCUAAAAAGCUACGCAAUCCCAAAUGACAUCUUGAAAAUGGUGCAUCUUGUGGACACGCCGGGAGUGAUGGAGAAUAGGAAGCAGCAGGAAAGGGGUUACCCAUUCGCAGGGAUCUGCGGUUGGUUCGUGGAGCGCUCGGACCUCGUCGUCUUCGUCUUCGAUCCGGCAAAGAUGGACGUCGGCAGAGAACUCGAGCAGUUGUUUCAAAAAAUCAAAGGAAAUGAAGCCAAAGUCAGGAUCGUUCUCAACAAAGCGGACACUCUGCCUCCGCACGAACUUCUGCGAGUGUACGGCAGCCUCCUGUGGAACCUCUCACCCCUCCUCAACAUCACGGACGCCCCCAGGAUGUACGUCAGCUCCUUCUGGUCCAAACCCUUCCUCAACCCUUCUAAAGAGUUCGCGGAGAUGUUCGUUGCAGACGAAACAUCCCUCCUGCACGACAUCUCCGAAGUCAUGUCCAACAGACUCCUCAACAAGAUAGCGUACCUCAGACGCCAUGCUGUUUUAGUGCGCAACCACGCUCUGGUGGUGGACGGAUACUUGUCCACUUUGUCCCGUCAGCGAUCGUUUUUCCAGAGCGUAGGCGAUGUCGUUGCCACCAUCACGGAAAACCCACAGAAGAUUUACUCCAAAGUGCUGUCACACAGAGACGUCACCAUGAAGGAUCUGUUCCCGCCAGAGACCUACGCGACGUUCUUUUCCGUGCAUUCCAUGGAAAGUUUUAUAUCAUUAUCAAAGCACUGUGGUUUCCUGUCUUUGUGCUUGCUGGAAGCCAUAGAGAAGACCAUCUAUGAAGAUCUACCCCGGCUGUCUAUAGAGGUGGAAUCGAAGCAGCAGAAGACGUGCCCCAGCUCUCAGACAUGUUAA